AUGCGGAGUCAGUUCCGUGGUGAAGCCAUCUACAUCGCCGAAACCGACGUUCACUUCCCCCAGCUCUCCGUCGGAGAUACCCUGAAGUUCGCUGCUAUGGCUCGCGCUCCCCGCAACCGUUUGGCGGGGGUCUCCGCGACCAGUACGCGGAGCACAUGCGUGAUGUCGUCAUGGCUAUGCUGGGUUGUCUCGCUGAGAGCUCCUUCCCUCGCCAAAACGCCAAGCCCCUGA